AUGAUGCCAAUUCUUUAAAGGAAAAGAGAUUACUUCUAUUAGAUCAAGUAAUUGAUUGUAAAUAUGCUUGAGAAUAUUACAUAAUCAUUUGAAUCACUUUGCAGAGUAGCUGAUGAUUAAUAAUCACUUAAACCUAUUGAUAAUGCAAUUAGAUUCAUGGAUCAAUAUUAUGAUUGCAUCUAAUUUGUUAAAUAGGAUUACAUAACUAAAGAGAUUCAUUUUAAAUUGAAAUAGAAUACUAAAUAUCAUAAACAUUCAUCUGAUAUCAAUCAUCUUUCAGCUUCAUAAGAUCAAAUAUUAUCUUGUGGUUAAGAAGUAUAUUUACAUCAAAAUAGUAAAUGUUAUGCUAUCUCUAAUUCUAAACUUCCAAUAUAUACAGGACUUAUAUUGCCAGAUGGCAAAGUACUUAUAGGAGGAGAAGAGAAGAUUGUCAAAGUUUAUUAAUAAUUUAAUAAUCAAUAUAAAGAAAUAACUUAAUUGAAGGGUUUUACAAGAGCUAUUAGUUCAAUAGUGAUAUCUUAAAAUUAAUAAUAUAUUGGAAUAAGUAGUUUCGAUGGAAAAAUUACAUUAUACCAUACUCAUAAUUUAAUUAAAUUGGGAAGUUGGAUUAAUGUUUUAGGAUCUGUCUAUUCUAUAUCAUUUAGUGUUGAUAAUUAAUAUAUUGCAGCAGGAAGUAAGAAUGGAAUAGCCAUUUGGGAAAUCAAAAAUGAUAAUAAUACAAGUUCAGCUGAAUUAAGUUAAUCAGUUAAUACAAAAAAGAAGGUUAGAUCAAUUGCUUUUUCAUUUAAAUAGAAAUUCCUUGCUGCUACACAUAAAAAUGAUAUUCUAUUGUAUCAUUAUUAUAUAGAUGAUUUUAAAAUCUAUUAAAGAUUACAUCAUCAUAAUGAUAUUGUAAAUUGUGUAUCUUUUGGAUAAGAUAUCUUGAUAUCUGGAAGUGAUGAUUCAACAUUAUGUUUAUGGUCAAGUAGUAUCAAAGGAUAUUGGAUGUGUUAUUAAGUAAUUUAUUUGAAUUGUUGUAUCAAUUCUAUUGCAUUAAAUCCUCAAUAAACAGAUCUAUAUUGUGAUUGUUUUGACAGUAUAAUACAUUAUAAUUAAAUUUGA